AUGGUAGCACGGACCUCUCUUCCCUGUGCAGGGCGCCGCCACCAUGAAAGAGUGGAGAAGCUCUUUGCAGAAGCCUCCGAGGUGCUGGCAACCUUCCAGAAGGAGGUGGCGGGUUUCAUCGAGAACGGCGAGCGCUCCAUGCUGGCAGACGCAGAGGCCGAUCUCCACUGGAAGGAGGAGAGACGAGCCAAGCUGGCCCAGUGCAAGCAGAACCUGGAGAAUGUCUCCAGCACAGACACCAUCUACUUCCUCCAGGAGUUUCAGGCCCUAAAAAUAGCCAUGGAAGAAAAUCUCUCCCCUGCUCCGAGCUUCCAGAACGAGCUGAGCUUCACCAAAUCCACCCAAGCCGUGCGCACGGUGAAGGAUGUGCUGUCUGCUGCCUGCAAAAAACAGUGGGACCACCUGCUGGGGAAAGGAGUUGACGGGCUGAGUUUCCAGGAGACGGAGGAAGCGGUGGCUGAGUCCCAGUUUCCAGACAAGUCGAACAGUCCUGCCUGCCUGGAGAGCCGUGAUUACUUCCUGAAAUUUGCCUUCAUCAUCGACCUGGACAGCGACACAGCUGACAAGUUCAUCCAGCUGUUCGGCACCAAAGGGGCCAAGCGGGUGCUUUGCCCCAUCCCCUACCCGGAGAGCGUGACCCGGUUCAUCAACUGCGAGCAGGUGCUGGGCGAGAACCUCAUGAACCGUGGCAACUAUUACUGGGAGGUGGAGCUCAUCGACGGCUGGGUCAGCAUUGGCGUCAUCGCGGAGGAUUUCAACCCCCGGGAGUCCUACGACCGCGGCCGCCUGGGGCGGAACGAGAAGUCCUGCUGCCUGCAGUGGAACGGUCAGAACUAUGUGGCCUGGUUUGGUGGCUUUGAGUCUGUCAUCCAGCAGCCGUUUUUCCACACCAUCGGGGUCUUCCUGGAGUAUUCAGAGAAGGCCCUGACGUUCUACGGAGUCAAGGACUCCAAGAUGACCUGCCUGCAGCAGCUCAAGGUCUCCCGUUUUAAGAAGGGUCAGUUUGACGCUUUCCAGAACAAGAUCAACCACCAAUUCCCCUCUCUGUUCUCCUACAACCUGAAACCAGCCUUCUUCCUGGAGAGCGUCGAUGCUCACCUGCAGAUUGGGCCGCUGAAGAAAGAUUGCGUUUCGGUGCUAAAGCGCAGGUAACUCCCAGGGAGCUGGAGCAAGGGAAGACCCAGAAGAGUCUCUCGUGCAGUAACUUGCCCCCGUCAUGGCUUCUCUUUGGUAGCGUCGUAUUUCUCUGUGACAGCCCUCCCUCCUUGUUCUCUGCUGCUUGCGACCCAGGGGUGGAUGAAGCCGUCUAGUAGGUAGAGCCGUGGACUGGGACCCAGGAGGCUCUGGAUUCGAGUCCCGGCUCUGCCGCUGGCCAGCUGAGCGAACUUGGGCGAGUCCUGUUGCUGCUCUGUGCCUUAGUUGCCCCGUCUGCGCAACGGGGAUGGCGAGCUGGGCUUUCUCGGUAAAGCACAUUGCUCAUAGCAAGCGCCGUGUAAAUUCAAAGCUGUGUCUUGGCCAGCUGCUGGGUUGCCUGGUUCCUCUUCUAAAUAAGCGUGCGCGCUGCCCUGGCGACCCGUGCCUUGUGCCUUAUCUCGGGCUCUGUGCUGCCGCUUGUUCGGCUCAGCAGCACCACCCCCGUGCUCCCUUCUGAAGUGCCUUUGACAAAGCGAGCCUGGCACGGGCCGGGCAGACCCCAAAGCAGACGCCUUGGCUUCCCCGGCGCCGCGUAGCCGCCGGGCCUCGGCCUCUGCCGAGAG